AUGACUCCAUCUCGCGAUUUGUCCGUGGUCGUUUGCCAUGGUUGCUACCACACUCCAGCCCCGUACGAACCGUUCCUUGACGCCCUAAGGGCCAAGCACAUACCAGCUUAUUGUCCCCGACUGCCCACUUCCAACCUCGCUGAAUUGAAUGUUGGCGACGUCAACAAUCCCGACUUCGACCGGGAACCUCCCGAGGGUGGCUACCCGCAAGGUGAACAAGAUGUGGCUGCCGUUAGGAGAGUCCUAGAUAUAUUGAUCAAUACUCGAGGUAGCAAGGUCAUCGUUGUGGGCCAUUCAUACGGCGGAUGGGUCGCCACAGAAGUCUCCCAGCCGGAUCUACAGGCGAAAACGCGCGAGGCGAAGGGACUUAAAGGUGGCAUCAUCGGUAUCCUUUAUGCGGGCGCAUUCGUUAUUCCUGUUGGAGAGUCCGUUCAUAGUUUCUUCCAGCCGAAAGAUGGCACUUUCGUGACACCGCCGUAUAUGACAUUCCACAAACACGGUGGUGAUGGGCUCGGCACCAUCGUCGAGGCCGAGAAAUACCUUUUUAACGAUCUUGACCCCGCUGAGGCACAGAAAUGGGCGAAGGGUCUCACCGCAUCGCCCGUAAUGAAAACAAAAAUCACCAACGAUGCGUAUUCAGCUUUGCCCUGCGCAUAUUUGGUAUUAGAAGGAGACCUAACUAUGCCGAAGGAAUAUCAAGAAGGAAUGAUUGCUCUCCAAUCUCAAAAGACCGGAGAGUUCACGCUCUAUCGUUCCCCGGCUGGUCAUUCUCCUCACCUGAGUUGGACUAAUGGGAUGGUUGAAACCAUCCAGGACUUCGCUAAGAAGAUUGGAGCUCGACCAGCUUAG